AUGUCUGAGGCCCAGUUCCAGUCUCCGUCAGAGGAUACUCAUGUCAAUCAGACACAUCCUAUGGCAGCCCCCAUGGUUCCAGACCUCUCUAUGGCAGUCCCUACAUUGACAAAGGCAAGGGCCAAGCACUGUAUUGCUGCACUGGAGGAAGAACUGGAAACAAUGAAGCAAGAAAAAGGCACAAAGCAGAGGUUUGUGGCAUACUGCCUCUGUUAUAUUGCCCCUUCCUCACCCAUUCCUCACGGAAAGACAACCUAUUACAUUGCUCAAGGCAGGGCAAUUUGUCACAUGACUGUUCUCUAUAGUAACCUGGAGGAUUUGAUCACUGAGAAUGAUCAUAGGUACGAGGAAAGCUUGCGGGACAGCUUGGUGGAUGCCACCCCAGAACAAGAUCGAUUGCAAUGCGGUUACCUCGCACUUGCGCAGGCUAUACCUUGGCUUCAUUCUAAGCUCGUGGAGCUUGACAUUGACAACUGUGAAGAUAUGUUGAAAAAGCUUAAAAGAGGAGCUGACAUGGCCCAUGGCGAUGAUACUUCAACUCUCAAGGACCUCAUCGUGACAUGGAUCAAUCAAGAUUUUCAGCCAUCUCCUCUACUGAGGUCUGAUAGCAAGCAGUUAUGCGGCUUCGCACAUGAUGUUAGUGGAAGACUGCUCUGCCCUGCCGAAUGGGACUGGAGCAAUAACCAGUAA